AUGUCCAUGGAGGAGGCCAACAAGAAGAAGAUGGAGGAGCAGGAACAAGAGCUGAGGGAAAAGGCUAAACGAGAUGCAGAAGCAGACUUGGAAAAACGUCUUUCAGAACAGGCUUCCUGUCUGAAAAUCGAACUGGAUAAAAAAUGUGAAGAGCUGCAGAAGCACUAUGAGGAGGAAAAUGCAUCGCUCAAAGAAACGUAUGAAAAGUUAACCACUUCCCUUAAGGAAACUGUCGCCGAGUUACAUGGGCAGUUGGCAUCCUUCCAAGAGAAAAUGAAACGGGUUGAAGAGUCCGUCCUAAAUCAAGACUACAAAAUACACAUUCAGGAUCAUGGUAGCCCUGGUGAAUUCUGGGAACAGGAGCUGCAAAGUCUGCAUUUCGUGAUUGAAAUGAAAAGUGAGCGGAUCAAGGAACAAGAGAAAAGACUCCAGGUCCAACAAGCUACGAUGGACAGGAAUGUUCUACUGGAGGAGAAAGUGCAGAGUCUGCAGCAGGAGACUGAAGCCUUACGAGCCCAGGCCCAGAACCAGGCAGCCAUGACCAUCCGUUUGACAGAGGAGCUGCUGAAUGCUCAGGUGGCCCUAGAAAAAGAGAAACAGCUUCAUGAACAGCUA